AUGUCAUCGGCUGUAGCGGAGUUGGAGAACUAUCUCCAGUCCAUGCUGGCUCUGAAGCCUCCAGGCGUCUCUGGUUCCAAAAUUGGCAGUAUCACGGCUCUGUGCACUGCAAACGUUCAGAACGAAUCGGUUCUGAUCCAAAAGAUUUUCACCCAUUUCAAGAAGGCACCGGGCACGCACAAGCUGGGGGAGGCCGCUCGAAAGGCUGGGCAGACUCCCGGGCCUGACGCCCCCGAUGGAACCUUUGCUGCAGGCGUGCACCGAGUCUCAGAGCUGCUCCCGGUGCUGAUGGACAAUAUCAUAAACAACGCCCCACAAGAUCAAAAGGAAAAGAUCAAGAAACUGAUCGACAUUUGGGAGCGAGGCUACACCUUCCCCGCGCCUUUACUUGCUUCAUUCCGCGAGAAAUUGAACGCUCCCCCGCAAAAUGUCGAAUCGACAACUCCAGAAGGCUCACCUGCCCCUGGCCUGAACAGCAUGGCGCCGACCCAACCUCCUGCAACGAACGGCGCAGCUCCCGAUACCUCUAGCAUCCUCAAGGCAUUAGCUGAUAUGGCGAAACAAAACACAGCCGCCCCUGCUGCUGCUCCUGUCACCGCUCCUGCGAACCCUCUCGCUGCCUUGAAUCCAUCCAUCCCUCAGGUCUCCUCUGCCGACUCGACUCUCUCACCUUCUACCGCAAACCCAUAUGCUACUACCGCCGGCGUGGCAAACCCCUACGCUGCCUUAGCCGGCUUCGCUCAGAAUCCUGCCCUUGGCCAGCCGCAAAGCCAAAGCCAGACCCCCAACCCAAUGGCUCCCGCACCUAAUCCCAUGGCUGCAAUGCUGCCCCAGGCCGCAGCCCCUCCCAUGGGAGAUGGAAAUGCAUUCACACAACAGCUGCAGCUUCUUCAGAUGCUUGCAGCGCAGGGGGUUCCGCAAGAUCAGUGGGGCACUGCGCUGCAAAUCUUCAAUAUGACCAAUUCAAUGGGUUCCACCCCAGGCCAGCUCCCUGGAUUCAAUGCUAUGCCAGGUCAAAUUCCCGGUGGCUGGAGUGCUCCGGACGGCCAGGGUCGUGAUGACCGUGAGCGGGACUAUAAUCGCUCUCCUGGUGGCUACCGCCGUCGCUCUCGCUCCCCCGGCUGGGACCGCCGCCGAACCGCAUCUCCUCCCCGCCGCCGCGACAGCCCAGUGUAUGGCGACUACCACGGUGAUUCUCCCGGUCGCCGAGGGGAUCCACGGGAUGCCCGCGGCCGUCGUGGGAAUGAGUAUCGCCAACGAAGCCCUCCUGGACGUCGUCGCCGCUCCCCUUCACCUAAGGGCAAGGAUCCAAAUCUCCCACCUCCGGGGCCCAAGCUGAUCGAGUGGGAUUAUUCCAUCGGCCAAGGGAACAUCAAAGUUCUCAGCCGGACUCUGUUCGUUGGCGGCGUUACCUCCACCGAAGCUCAUCUGCGUGGUCUUUUCAACAAAUUCGGCAUCGUACAGACUUGCAUCGUCAAUGUCGAUAAACGCCACGCUUUCAUCAAGAUGAUCACUCGCCAGGAUGCUAUUGCUGCUAGGGAUGGCAUGGAAUCAUUCCGCUCGGGGGAGAUGCAACUGCGUACUCGCUGGGGUGUUGGAUUUGGCCCGCGUGACUGCAGUGACUACCAGACUGGAGUCAGUGUGAUUCCUAUCGAGCGUCUCACCGAGGCUGACCGGAAAUGGAUGCUUACUGCGGAAUAUGGUGGCACUGGCGGUCGGCCCAUUGAGUCCGGCAUGGUUGUUGAAGAGCCGGACAUUGAAAUUGGCGCUGGUGUAUCCUCGAAGGCCAUUAGUCGCCGUAUCCCCACUGACGCUGGCGGUAAGCGCGGCCCUGUAUCCACUCGCACCAAUGAUCGGUUCCCUGUGGGUGGCGGUCCUGGUGGGCGCCGUCAAGAGCGCGAUGGAUUCGGUGGAUCGGGCAUGCCCCCUCAGAACGACCGCCCCGACUUUGGCAAUCUCAACAACCCUGCAGUUCCCCCCGCGGUCCCUGCGUAUGGUUUCAACUUCCCGGGUAUGCCCAUGCUUCCUCCUGGUUUCAUGAUGGGAGGGACCCAGGCCGGUUCUAUGCCAUCCAGUCAGCCUCCUCCCACAGGUCAGGGCAACUAG